AUGUUAUCUUCUUAUGAUGAGGUGGACGCGUUCCUGACUAAGCGCGGCGGCGCCAGCGAGCACGAGGCCACCCUCAGCGCCAAGACCGAGUUCAUGCAGCUGUGGGACGGCAUAGAGGGCGCGCGCGGCAUGAGGGUCCUCGUCAUGGGCGCGACUAACAGGCGGGUGGCAACGGAGGAGGCCCUGCGCUCGCCGUGGUGCAUCGACGAGGCGGUGCUGCGGCGCUUCGGCCUGCAGUAUGAGGUGGGCCUGCCGGGCGCCCCGCAGCGGCGCCAGAUCCUCCUGAAGCACCUGGCGCGCCACGAGGCCGAGAGCCGCGCGCUGCGGGCGGCGCAGCUGCUGGCGCCGGGGGAGGGCGGGGUGGAGGCGGCGCUGCUGCAGGACAGGCCGUCUGCAGUGCCGGGGUCCCGGCCCGGCGAGGGCGCCUUGUCGGCGGUGGUGCGCGCCACAGAGGGCUACAGUGGCAGCGACCUAACAGAGGUCUGCGCACAGGCCGCCCAGGACGUUCUGGCGGAGAAGUGGGCGCAGGAGGAGGCAGACGCUUCGCAGCCGGGCGCCCGCCCAGGCGCCCCGGCUCGGAUGCGGCAGCUGCGCGGCAGCGACCUGCUGGCGGCGCUGCAGCUGGUGAAGCCCAGCACCGCGCGCGCGGGCGCCUACGCGGCGGGCCUGUCCGACGGCGGCAGCGGCGGUGGCGGCGGCGACGAUGCGCCGCUGCAGUGGCUGAUGGCGGCCGCGGGCGCGAUGAGCGCGGCGGCGGCCGCCGACGGCGGCGCAGCGGGCCGGAGGGGCGGCGCGGGCGGCGACGGUGGCGGCGGGGAGGGCCCGUCGGGCGCUGCGGGGGGCGGCGGCACCACGCCCAGCGACGAGCAGCUCAAGGCGCUCGGGCUGCUGCUGCUCAAAAGCAUUCGCGGCUCCGCCGGCGCCGGCGCCGCCUCUUGA